AUGUGCUGUUCAAUUACUAUUAAAUAACAAGACUCUAAAAAUCUUAUUGAAAAACAUUAUAAGGUAUGAAUUAAUCUCACAUAUUUACAAUUGAAAUAGAAAUCAUUUAACUAAUGUUAUAAAGUAUAAAUUUAUGAUGAUUCAAAAGAGUAAUAGAAGGUUAAUUCAUUAACUAGUUCAUAACAGUAUUAUCUAAAAAACCAAACAAUUCAAUAUGUUAUUUAUCAUACAACACAGCAAACUAAUUUGUUAUAUCCAAUCGUUCAGAUAUAUUUGAGCAUUAAAUAUAAGUCUGAACUAAAUGAAAGCGAAAUAAUAGGCUCUUUUGAUAUAAUAAUUUUAUUAUUAAUCGUAAAAGGAUCAUCUAGAGAUAUAGAUUUUUCAAUUAAUCUAUACUAAAUUGUAUUGUAGAGGAUAAGAAUUUCAAUUAUAUUUAAGAACAGAAAUUAAAGUAAAUCUGGAUAAGGAUAACAGUUUUUAAUUAAAGUUCUAACUAAAGGCAAAUUUUUAGGACACGCAACAGAUUGA